UGUCGAAUAUUAAUAAUAGGUAGGGGUAAAUGUAAGGUCUCCAGUAAUAAAUAAUGUGUUAAUUGUAUAAUUAAUUCCAUAUUUAAUUUUUUUGUUUAGUGUUGGUGUUACUACGUAUUUGAAGUUGGGUCGACUUUGGGAUUAUUAUUUGUCAGGCUAGAAUUGUGCAUUCUUCUGUUUUUGUUGCUUACUGAUUCAAUCAAUUACUCAUUAUAACUGAUUAUAAGCCUGUAGUACAUUUUUCACUGAUUGUUUUUUUUGUCACAAAAUGUAGGGUAAUUCCCAGGAAAACUCUCAUGGCCCUGGCAAGUUCAUCCCUAAGUAGGGCAAACCCUUGCAAAACCGUUUUAACCCAUUACUAGGGCCUUGCCACUUUGCCAUGUCAGGCCCUUGCCAGAAUCCAGGCGUACUGGGAAGGGCCUUGAGAGGCCCAGACCAUAAUUUUUGCACGGGAUACUAGACCGUGAACUAAAUUAUAAAGAACGUUGUUUUUCAGAAAUGUUACACAUAAAAAUUAAUGAUUUCACUAUUAAUAAAAAAGAUGACAUAAUGUAUCUGAAUAAAAUCUACUUCCCUUUAAUUUCCAAAUUAAACUCGUGAUUCUAUUUUUCUGAAAAUAUUUUACUUCCACGUGCUGUUUACAUCUAAGUUCAUUAACUUCUCUAUUUCAUUUGGAUUUUUAAAUUUUGAAUUUAGUCUUGACGAUACGUGUCUAUAAACCUUACGUGCCAGCUUAGUCUGAGCAAAAUAAAAUUUUCUAACGUAAAGAUGUAACGGUUCAACUAAUUAUUAUUGGUAAUUUUCAUUAUUUAUAAGAAAAAGAUAAUGUGGUGUUUGAAAUAAAAUAAAUAUUUUCAUUAAAUUUAACCUGAAGAUAACGACGAACCAAGUCAUCGAAACGUCGUUUUUUAUUUUGUGGAAAUAAACAACAUUAAUAACAUACAUUUUUUAUGUUAUUUUAUUCCUUCCAAGGAUCGAAUUUUUCUCAACUUUUAAUUCUUUAUAUACAUAUUCAUGAAAAUUAUGAGUCAAUUAUAUAUUGUUGUUAUUUGAUAAAAAUUCUUUUGAAAAUAAUGAGUAACGAAUUAAGAAUUUACAAAAAUUAAAGCAUAGCAUACUUGAUCAUGAUAUAAAUUCACAAUCAGAAUUAAAAUUAUUUGUGCCAAAUCAAUAUUUUUCUUGUCACUAUGUUUUGAAUUUCAAUAACAAAAAAGUGAUUUAAAAAGUUAUAUUCAAAUUAUUUAAGAACAAAGAAGAGUUUUCGUAUAUAAAUCGAGAGCAAAGGCGAGAAAUACCAUCAAAGUACAAGAUAUUGUAUAACAAUCAAAAUGAAUAACUUUCAAUUAUUUUCCAUAUUGUUUGGCAUUCUAUUUAUUUUUUCCAUCUCUUCCGAUGCACGUCCUAACAGCACUUUAUUGAAAAAUGAGCAACAUUCAAAAUUUAUAGUCAAACGCUCACCAUAUGGUGACAGUAGCAGUUAUGAGGAUGAUAGUAAUGAGACUAAUAGUGACUCUUCCUACGAUAGUAGUGAAAUUCGCUCUAAGAAGACUACUACAACGCAAGCGCCAAAUCCACAUCCAAAUCCAAACCCAAAAUCAAAGCAACAUCAUAAACGACAUGGAAAAAAGGUCAAACAAGGAUAGUAAAUAAAAUUCGUAACAUGGUCAUUCAGAAAAAUAAAAAAGUUAAGGGAAAAAUAUGAAUUAGAUUCAGAUACAAAUUAAGCCAAAUUUGACCAUACAUGCGAAAAACAACUGCACAGCUAUAGAAUAAGCCAUAGAAAACUACUGCGCAGCUAUUUUAUUACCUUGAAAAUUUGAAAUUGAUUUUCGAUUUACAAAAAGUUCAUUUAUUUAUUCUUUCUUACGUUUCUUAUAAUUUUUUUCCUAAUUAGUCGACGAAAAUUUGUACUUCCUUUAAAAAAAAAACAUUUUGGAAAAAAAUUAUGAUUUGGUAAAUUAAAUAAUAAUAAUAAUAAUAGGUAUAAAUGAAAACUUUAUAGAAGUGAAUAUGAAAUUACAUGAUCUAAUUUUUUAUGGAAUUUCUAUCAUUACUUGUAUGUAAUUAAUUAUUUAAUAUAUAUUAUAUAUGUUUAUUUUUAUUAAAAAUCUAGAAUUGUAAAUUUAGUUUUCAAUAAAUGUGGAUUUUUUUACAUUUAUUUCUUUUCCUUUUUAUUUAUUAAUUUUCAAUUCUAUACUUUAUCAAUUUUUUCAAAUCCUUAAAUUUUUGUAAAUGUUAAAAAAAAUCUUAAUAAUUUUAUAUUUUACAAUUUGAAUAAAUUUUCUUCACGCAAUAGAUGUUGGAGCAAGAAAAGCAAGGGUCGAAUUUUUUGACUUUUGAAAAUAAUAAAUGAAAUAAAAAACAUUAAGAAAAAAACUAAUAUAUGCUGGUCUAUGCGUAAUCCAAAAAAAUUGGAGAAACUUGUAAUUUAAAAAUUUUUAAUGUACUGAAAUAAAUUUAUUGAAAUAA